CGGAGUGGGGUGAUUCGGAGUUAGCAGGCAACGACUCUACUACACCAACUAAAUGUAUCUAUAGUAGUAUCGGCUGGCGUUUUUAGCAACAGAUCGGUGUGGACAGCCGGAUCUAUUUUUUUUUAAUCAUCGCCUCCACUUCCCAAAAUGGCCGAUGACGUCACAAGCAUCGGGGACAACCAGACGACCACCUUAAGCCCAGAAGAAGAGUGUCUACAAGAGAAGAAAUGGUGGUGUUUCCUAUUAUCCAGUAUCUUCACCUUCCUGGCCGGCAUCCUCAUCAUCCUCUUGUGGAGGGCCUUCGCUUUCUUGUGUUGCAAGAAGACGGCCACGCCGACCAAAAGGAAAUCCAGUUUGAAGUCCAAAGACCUGAAGGCGGCCAAAGAAGCCGAGAUGGACGAAAUCGGUUUCAUGACCGAAGCCAAAGAUUGGGCAGGAGAGCUGAUAUCCGGACAGUCUACAACUGGAAGAAUAUUAGUGAGUGUUUUAAAUUUAUUUACUUAUUUGUUUAUUUUUUAUAUAUUCCUCUUUCUGUACUUUAAUUACACCAUGCGCUGUAGACAAAGAGGGACGAAUUUAUCUCGAAUUUUGGCAACUUCUCAAGCCCAAAUAGGCUAAAGUGUUCCAAUGCUGUGACGAAUUUACUCGCCAAUUUUUGCUAGUUUUUCUCUCCCCCCCAGCGUAAAAUAUGCGAUCAUUUCAAUUAAAAAAAUAAUAAUUUCAGCUAUGAAUAUUUAUAAUUAAAUCUCUCCGGGAAUAGUUUCUAUAAAUCACGUGUUACAUCAGACGGACACACGUAAAUUACUUGUUGACUCUAUCCCCGAAUCGCUAACUAAUGUCAAUUUAUUUAUCCCUAAAGGGGGAUAUUUUUAUUAACAUUAUUAUUCUAUUUUGUAGCAGAUUUUUAAAAAUAUAUUCUCGUUUCGGGUAUUGUUUUCAUUUCAAAAUUGACUUACGUAAGAAUUUGGAGUGUUUUCUAAUUACGAUCUUAUUAAGAAAGGUCUCAAUUUGGAAAAAUUGGAAUGCGACUUCAUUCCAAACAGGAAGGAUUUAUUCUUUAUAGGGGUAUUAUAGUCUCCAAAUUGGUAGAGUUGUAAUAUAUGGGUAUUAUUAUCCAAAGGUGAAUGAAUCUUAUCUACUGAUAUACUAUUAUUAUUCCUAAAUUGGAAGGAUUCUACUUACUAUGUUACAUCAAAUUGGAGUUUUUCCUUAUAAAAAUAUUAUUACUGGUUAUUUAGUUGAUCAUACAUCUAUCGGUGUGUAUGUCUGUACGUAUUAUAUGCUAGUAUUAUAUACAUAUAAGAUGGGGAGUUAUACCUUUAUAAUUGAUAGAUUAAAAUCGAUAUAAUUAGAAUUAAUAAAUAGAUAUUUAAUUAAAUUUUCUUAAAUUUUAGGGAUUUUCGACUAAUUAAUAAUAGAAAUAAGAAUGAGUCUACAGUGUUGACAAAAGUAGUCUGUCGGUUGGUGGAAAUCAUAAUUUAAAAUAUCCUUUAACCAAAGAGAGCGGAUUAAAUCUAACUAAUUGACUCACUGGAUGACUCAUCAAAGCCAAAUAAACAGUUAACAGGCAGGAUUUUGGCACCGUAAGAUAGAGUAGAAAAACACGUUUACCACUGCUUUGGGAUAGUACUAGGUGAAUAAAUUUGCCAAAGCGCGGUAAUGCACUUAUGUUAAUUAUUAUUUCGUUGCAACUUUUGCCGCCUUGGGCUAUAAUUUUGUCGUCGUAUUUGAUUAUUUAUCGCCCGAAACCACUCCAAAAGUUAGAUAAAGAGUAGUGUGGGUGGAAUGCACCCACUUAUUAGUGGGGUGAAGCAGUUGGGGUACCGCUAUGUAGUGGAAAGUAUCCAAGACAGAUGAAGUUAGUUUGUUUUGAUGAAAGUUGCUAACAGGUGUACAACGUCGCUAUUAUACUUCACAGAUUCUAUUACAUUAAUAACAUGUAAAAAACUCAUAACAUCUCUCACUAACUAUUCAUAUUAUGGCAUUUGUUCUGUGUAUAUGUACAACUGCAUAAAAAUAAUAUUGGAUUGAAUCAUACGGAGAUAUUUCGAAAAUGUUGGCUUUUUUUUGAUAAUAUCAAUAAAAGUUACAUCUACUUUACAUAAAUAACAAAACAAAUUUAUCAUUUUGAAAGUAAUAUUGUUGCUACACAAGAAUUAAAUUAAUAAAAUAUAUUAUUUUAUUUGUUUUAAUGGCAUCAAUUUGAAGGUGAAUUAAGAAUUUGGAAUUUUAAUAACUCUACGCUGAAGAGGUUUUACUAGAAAUUAAAUAUUUUUAUCGUCUAUUUAUUAAGGAUUCGUAAUAAUUUUAAGAUUUUACACUAAAGAUUGUAUCUGAGAUGCUGGAAAUCUCAACAGAUUGAUCAUUUUUAUCCUUAAACAAAUGGUAUUAAAUCUGGUAAAUAAAAAUCAAUAUUAAUAAAUAAAAUCUCCUCACUAUAUAUUGAUUUAUUAAUUAAGUAUGUAUGUUUAAAAAUCAAAAUAUUUAAGGAAA